CCUAUUAAAAUACUAAACCGUUUUAACUAUGUAUAUUUGGUACAGAUUCAGACGAGCAUAUGUGUGAAUAAUCUAUUUAUAUGUACAUUUAUGUGUCAACAAAUUGCUACAGGUAAGCACAGCUUACAAGAUGUUUAUAAAUUACAAUGGAAGCUUUGUUUAUACUGAGUGUGUCCCUCUUACUGAUAUUUCCUGUAGUAUUAACUAGUAGGCGAACAGUUGGAUUUAGUAAGAAUGACUGUAACAAAUACCACGUAAUUUUGUCACAAAAUGACACGUUUGGGGUAGAUUGGAUGGGACUGCAAUACCCUAAACACUGCACCUUACCAUUCAAAGUACAAGACGCCAACCUUUAUAGACUGUGUGCAGAUGUCACUGUUUUUGAAUUUGAGUGUCCAGGUAUAUAUGAUGAAGUGACACGGGCUGUGGUGUUUUACCGCGGAAAUGAUCGAUCCCAGCAAAAGAAAUACGACUGCCAUGACAAACUACCUAUAACCUUUUGCAGUGGAUCUGAAACACUUUCCAUUGAGUUAGAACCAUACUAUAAAGAUAUACGACAGACUAACUCAAAAUUAAAAAUCAUUGUAGCUACAUCAUUAAAGACAACGUCAAAUUACAUAGAAAAAAAUAAUGGCGGAGGUUCCAUUUUGAUUGGUGUAGUGGCUACUUGCAUCAUAUUUAUCAUCAUCUUAUUCGCCUGUGUUGUAAUUCUGAUAAGAAGGAGAAGACGAUAUAGUAAGAAAAAUAUUGACAACAAUAUCCAAGGUUUAGUUAGACAGUCAGAGGAACUUCAACAGAGUCAACAAACUGGAGGUGAACACAUAGAUUUAAGAUUAUUAUCUGGUGCUUUAAAUGUUGAUUCCCAGUAUAGGGAAGCAAGGCCAAAUAAUCAACCACAUGACCAUAGAAUAAACGAAGCUACCAUGCAGAGAAAUGAAUGGCGUUCGUCUAGAAGUGGCCAAGCUUCAUUAUCAACAAUAGAAACACAUGCUCCUCCAUCAAACGAUCAUUACCACAUGCCUGUUACAUCACGAACAAAUCAUCCAAGAUUUGACAAUGAUAUAGAACGUAAUAUAGAACAUAUACAUGGAAGACAACAUAACGGUAGAAAUCCAACAGAAAUGAUAGAGCCGAGUGCACCUCCACUUAACCGUACACAUGAUUUCCAACGGCCUUUUGGAUCACAACCAAAUCAAUCUACAAUUGACCAGGUUGUUGACGGAAACAUAACAAGCACACAUGGAAGAACAUUUAAUGACAGAAAUCCACCAGAAACAAUACAGCGGAAUGCUCCUCAACGUCACGAACAACCUACCGAACAAAGGUCUACACAUCCAGGAUCAUCCAGAGACAUCAAUACAAAUGGUGAUGGUAAUAUAUCUAGAAGCUCUAGGUCUAAUGAUUGUAACUCCACUGACAAUAGAGACACAUCAUCAUUACUGCCACCUUCUUACCAUGAUGUUAUGAAUAGAAGCAGUGACUUUGACUUACGAUAAGACAAUCAGUUAACAUUCUGUAGUCGUUUGACUAGUACUAUUUUUGUUGUACUGUUUAAAUCUUAUUUGUGUUCACGCUACCAAUGAUUGAUUUAUUCGGAGCAAAUAAAUAUUUUCGCCACAAUUUUCUCAGGAACACAGAAAUACUUGGUCGUCAACUUGACAAUGAUAACGUUUAACGUGUGAAAGCUUUUAGAUUCUGUGAAAUACCUAAUUCCUGUUUGACCAUACUUUGUAGUUUGCAAACAAAUACUAGUCACACUUUUCUUUAAAAAAAGAAUGACUACAUAUUUGGUCAGCAGCUAAUAAAUUUGAAGAUGAUCUGAAUGUCUGUAUUCAAGUUUAAUCUGUUGUUUUAUUGUUGUCUAAUUGACCCUUUAUCCCAUUUUAUAUACUUGUAUAUAUUCCGUAUUGUAUGCAAAUAAUGUAUCCAUCAAAUAGCAAGAGAUUUUCCUAACACCCUCCAUUAUCCUCUAAUAAAAUUUAUUAUACGGUAACAAAAUAAAAUUAAAAGUAAAAACGUGUUACUGUAAUAAGAAAAGUUCGACGAUUGUAUUACUAGGGUUUAGGGGAACAAUCGGAAAUCUCGCAAUGUAACAUUCUUUAUCUACUCUUGUGUUAUUUAUGGUCCAAGAUGGAAGAUUAAAGUCCUCAUAUUUACAACAGAUGAUAUAAAAUCAGACUAUUGUUUUUUUUAAUACCCUUCUUUAUAAGUGAAUAAGACGUAAAAGUCAAAUUUGGAGAACUAGGUUCAUGAGACAUGUACAGCAACCACACUACAACCCAACCCUCCUCAAUCUCAAAGACAUGUAAAGAAAAAAGAAACGGUCUGAUGUAUUACACAAAUGUUUAUGCAGUAUGACAAUCGCUAUCUAAAUCGCUAGUUUCGAAAAGUUGUUUCUAAUUGUAAUACUAUCGACAAACUUCCAUCAGCUCAAAAGUACUGUAACAAAUAUCGAAAGUGGUGUGAUUGGCAAUAAUGCUACAUCUCCUUGCGUUUUAAAGUUAUUAAGCACGUUUCUGAGAGCACCCUUAUAUCCAGGUUAUAAAAAAGAGAGGCGAAAGAUAUCAAAGGGACAUUCAAACUCAUAAGUCGAAUACAAUUUGACAACGCCAUGGCAAAAAAUGAAAAAAAGAUCAAAUCACAAACAAUAUUCAAAACACAACAUAGAAAACUAAAGACUGAGCAACACGAACCCCACCAAAAUCGGGUGUGAUCUCAGGUGCUCCGGAAAGGUAAGCAUAUCCUGGUAUUAAUUUGACACCCGUGUAUAUCCGAGCAUAAAAAUGCUUUAUACCCGUGUAUAUCCGAAAUUUUGUUUAUUUUCAAAGAUCUUGGAUUCGCUGCUUAAAAACGAAUGCUACUGUAGCUAUUCAUUGUAUUCAUUAUACAAAUAAGUCUCCUUGCCAACUUGUCAUUUUAAUAUAGUUUUUCUUAACUUAGAAUAUAUUUGAAUAUUAGAUAUGCAAUUCUUGCUGUCUUGGUAGCUUUUCAUUUCUGUCGUCUCUGCGACUUCUGUCACAGAAACAGGGUUGAGUUUUCGUGGUCAAGUCCGUAUCUCAGAUACUAUAAGCAAUAGUUUUACUAUAUUUGGUGUAUGGAAUAAUUGUAAGGUGUACAUGUCCUUGACAUCAUUUUCAUGGUCCAGUGGUUAAAGUUAAGUUUUUGUGUUUUGGUCUGUUUUUUUCUAAUACUGUAUGCAAUAGGUCAACUAUAUUUGGUGUAUGGAAUGAUUGUAAGGUGUAUAUGUCUGUCUAGCAGGUAUCAUCUGACCUUGACCUCAAACAUGGUUCAUUGGUCAAUGUUCAGUUUUCCUGGCUAACGUUGUUUCUUAGAUACUAUAAGCAAUAGGUCAACUAUAUUUGAUGCAUGGAAUGAUUUUAAGAUGUUACUGUGCAUGUCUGUCUGGCAGGGUUCAUCUGACCUUGACUUCAUUUUCAUGGUUCAUUGGUUAAUAUAAAAUUUCCAUGAUUUGGUCUGUUUUUUUCAUACUAUAAGCAAUAGGUCAUCUAUAUUCGGUGUAUGGAAUGAUUGUUUUAAAGGUGUACAUGUAUUUCCGGCUUGGUUUAUCUGACCUUGACCUCAUUUUCUUGGAUCAUAGAUGUUAGUGUGAUACUUGUAGUAAAACUUUAUAUUUAGGACUAUCAGAAAAUCAAUGGUCAGUAUAGAAGGCGAGACAUUUCAGCGUGUGCACUCAUGUUUAUAUUGCACUUUGUAUUAAAAUGUAUGUAUUGGUUGCUAACGAAUAAAAUUAUUAAAUUUUUACUCUCAA